AUUUAUGAUGGAAACCAUGAUAUAGUCAUAUCAUGAAUAGAAUCUAGCCGCAUAUAGCUACUCACUAAUCAGUAAUCAGUAUUCGCUAUUCAGUGUACUGUGUAUACUGUAUACUGUCCGUUACAUUAUGGGUACACGCCUAUUUGCGAUUCACCAAUUCUAAUAUGAAAUGUUACCUAUAAUAUAAUAGCCGAAAACGUCCAUUCCAUACUCCAUACAAAUUAGAUGCAUUAACAUUAUAAUAAUCUCAUUUAUGUGUCGCCCUGAUGAACAAGGUAUUUUAAUUCUGGAAUAAAAAUACACUUUGAUUGUUUUUGGUGCUCGGUAAUAUUGAAAAUGACAUCCAUACUGGAUCAGUUUGAAGUAGCCGCUGAGAGCACAUUUAAAAUGCCGUCUACAUCCAAGCAACUAGUAAUAUUUUUACAUUACAUAUUUAAUAUAAUUUUUUAUUAAUUUAUGCACACGGUUUUUUUAAAUUUUUUUAAUUAGCUGGGUGAAAAUAUCAAUGGUGAUGAAGACUACAGAGGGGUUUCGAUUUUGACCAAAAAAAAGGUAAACUUUUCUCCGAAUGAAAAAAUCACUCAAUUAUUGGUGAGCAAUGAAUAUGUUGUACUGGUCAUGGUUAAUAAUGUACUGUUACGAAUCAACUUAAAACAAGACAGUUUUGAAGGUAAGAAUGUUAUUAUUCCAAUUUAUUAUAAUUUAUUAUGUUGACUCAAUUGUUUUGAUGUAAUUUUCUUUUAGAAAUUGAUUUGCUUAAAACUUCUUCUCUCAAAGUAAAGCAAUUGUUCUUAGAUCCUUUUGGAGAACAUUUACUGAUUUUGUGUGGCAAUGUGAAUAGCUCCCAACUAUUUUAUACAACUAAACAAUUAUCUAAACUUAAACCAGUAAGUGAAGUGAAAAUGCAUUCAUAUUAUUGGUAUUUAAUUCAAACGUUUUAUAUUUAUGUUUCAUUAUUGUAGGUAGGCAAAUAUCAAGGUUCAGAAAUAACAUGCGUUGCCUGGAACUAUUAUAAAACAAAAACUACCACUAACACGACUGGACCUAUAUUACUUGGUAAUUCGUCCGGGGAAAUAAUCGAAACAGAAUUGGGUACAGAAUUUGAUCGAUUUUUCCAAGGUAGCGUAGUUCAGUAUUGGAAAGAGGUACUCAAUAGUCAAUACUAAUUAGUAAUUAUAAAUCUAAAGUUUACUCUUAAGUUUUUAUAAUAUAAUUCUGUUUUGUUUUGUAAUAUGACAUUUACUCAGGUAUUCGACAUAAGUAAAGGACAGCCCACUCCCAUAAUUGGUCUUGAAUAUCACAGAGUCGGAAAAUCAAAUUUGUUUUAUAUUUUGGCACUUACGCUUACCAAAUUAUACCAAUUUGUUGAUGUCGUAUUUAACAAAGAUGAAAGACCGAUGUUUCAGCAAGUCUUCAACAAUUAUUUGACCAUUCCUGGUUAAGUUUUUUUUUUAUUACUAAAUUAUGUUCCUCAAAAUCUCUAAAAAUCGUUAAUUUUUUAUGAUAUAGCUAAUUUUGAAUAAAUAAAUUUAUUUUUCAUUUUUAACUUCUUUACAGAACGUUUUUACGAAGUGCCUACAGUGGUUAAAAACACAAAAUUACAUUUUUAUUUUUCAAAUAAUGAUUUUACUGUUCCAAAAUAUUUUGGUUUUCUUACAGAGGUUGGAGUCUUGUUUGCAGAGGUAAAUUAUUAAUUUUUUCUGUAUUAAAAAUUUUUUAUUUCAUAGUUAAAAUAUAUGUAUUUUAUUAGAUCAACAUAAACAAAGACGAGAAAACAAUAUUUGAUUCGCAUAAACUCAUAAAAUAUAGCCAGCUAUAUGGAAGAGAAGAUGAUGACUUUACUGUACCAUUAUCAAUGACUUUUACACGUUAUCAUGUAUUGUUGUUAUUUACAGAGAGGGUUAUAGCAGUUUCCUUAGUGACUCCUGCUGAUCUCUACGCAUCGCAAGUGAUGGACGAAGACUAUUUUUCUGAUGUAAAUGAUUUGCCAUUGUUGUCAAUUUUUUUAUCUCCAUUACAUCAUUAUAUGUCUGUUUUAGGGUCAUGGUAGAUUUUUGAAUAUUACAAAAGAUUUAAUUACCGGAACAGUUUGGUUAUAUGCCGAACGUGCCGUUUUUAGAUAUAAAAUUACUAAAGAAGAUCGCAAUGUUUGGAAAGUAUGUAGUUAGUGAAUAUAAUAUUUUCUACUAUACUAAAUUUCAAGCUAUUGUUAAUUUUAAGGUUUAUUUGGAUAAAGGAAUGUUUGAAGAAGCAAAGGAAAUAUGUAUUGACAAUCCUUAUAGAAUGAAUCAAGUAUUAGUUAGACAAGCAGAUAAUUUUUUCAAUACAAAACAGUAAUAAUUUUAAUAUUUUUUCACUUUAUAUUUUCUUCUUGUUUGAUUUUAUAAUAAAUAUUUAUGGCUUACAAAUUUUUUUUUUUUAGAUAUGAAAAAAGCGCGCUAAUAUAUGCUGAUUUAAAUGUUUCAUUUGAAGAAAUAGUAUUAAAAUUUUUACAUUUAAACGAAAAAAAACCACUAAAACUGUUCUUAAUGAAAGUACGAUAAAUGCAAUUAUUUUGUUGGUAUUUGGGGAUCUAUAAGAUUGUUUUCUGUGUUUGUCCUAAGAAAUUGGAAAGUUUACCGUUGGAAGAUUGUACAAAAAGAAUAAUGAUAACAUUGUGGUCAAUCGAAUUAUAUGCUAAUGAACUGACUGAGUUUAGAAACUACAAACAAGAAUGUUCACCUGAAUACAAAGCGCUGCAAGAAUCGUUUAAACAUUUUUUAGUACAACCUAGUAUUCAAGUAAAUGUCUAAAAACUAAUAUUUUUUUUAAAAAACUACUAUUAACAUAUAUUUUGUAGGAUUGUAUUCGGAAAAAUUGGGAAAGUAUAUACGAUAUACUGGCGAGUCAUGGUGAUGCAUAUUUUAUGAUUUGGUUAGCUUUAGAAAAUCAAGAUUUUAAACGUGUAAUACAGCACUAUUUAAAUGAAGAAAAUAUCGCUGAAGGUCAGUCACCGUAAAUAAAAUUAGUAUAAUACCUUUUCAUUUUUUUUUUCUAGUAAUAAAAAAAAUUUCUAUGGUUGUUCUAAUAAACAAUUUGUAUUAUAUGCUUGCAGCACUAAACAUAUUGGACAAUCAUCCUUUCAGUGAGCUGUUUUAUAUUUUUUCAUCGGAUCUCAUUGAAAAAGCUCCUACACAAACUGUAUCCAUUUUAAUCAAACAAGGACAGAAGUUGGAUCCUCUAAAGGUCAUUAAUUCAUUGAUUAUUCCGAAUCCAAGUGAAAGACUCGUGAGUAUAUAUAAAAGUAUAAUUUGCACUCUUGUUUAUUUAAUUUCACUGGAUUGUCGUGUUGUACAUUUUGUAGGCCCUAGAAAUAAUCAGAUAUUUGGAAUACAGUAUUCACUGUUUAAACUGUCAUGUAGAGUCUGUGCAUAAUUAUCUGAUAUCUCUGUAUGUCAAGCACAACAGAGACAAAUUAAUGAAUUACUUAAAGCUACAAGGUUCUGAGAUAUCAGCUGUGAGUUAUAAUCCAAAAUUUGCCCUGCGGCUGUGUCGUGAAUACCAACUUUCCAAAGCUUGUGUGCAGUUGUCUAUCGUUUUAGGUCUAUGGGAAACUGCCGUAGAUCUGGCGCUUACUAUCAGUGUAGAUUUGGCCAAAACUACUGCUUCUUUGCCUAAUUAUGACAUGGAAUUAUCAAAAAAACUUUGGCUAAAAAUUGGUGAGUUAAACAAUACCGCAAAAAUUUAUAAUAAUAAUAUAUUUUUGGGACAUUAUUUUUAUUCAUAUUAAUUUUUAUUUCAGCGCAACAUGUAGUCAAACAAAAUAAUGAUAUUGAGCAAGUAAUGCAUUUCUUGGAGGAAUGUAAGUUUAUAAAAAUUGAAGAUAUUUUACCAUUUUUUCCUGAUUUCGUUACAAUUGAUCAUUUUAAAGAUGCUGUUUGUUCGUCUCUCGAAGUAAGAUUGUGAGAAUUAUUGAUGAUUUUUUUUUUUUUUUGGGGAAACUACAACUGAUAUGAUUUCAGGAAUACAAUAAGGAAAUUAACAAUCUCAAGGAAGAAAUGGAGGAUGCUACCAAUUCAGCUGAAGUAAUAAGAUCUGAAAUUUUAUCAUUUAGAAGUGGCUACAUGCUGAUCCAACCAUCAAAUAUUUGUAGUAGCUGUCAAGAACAAUUAGCAACUAAAGCUUUUUAUACAUUCCCUUGUACACAUUGUUUUCACGCAGAAUGUUUGGUCAAAGAAAUGCAACCAUAUAUCGAUUCCAGCACAAUGAACACAAUUAAAGACUUACAAGUAUAGUGUGAUAUACUAUUAUAUGAUAAUAUCAGUUAAUCAGGAAUUAAAAUUUAAAUAUUUUUAGAACCAACUGAAUGAUUUGUAUCAAAACAACAAAGGAAUUGCACAGCCGUCGGAAUUGAUUGUUCAACGUGAUAAAGUGAAAAAAGCUUUAGAUAAAUUAUUAGCAGCCGAAUGUAUUUUCUGCAGUGAUAUUAUGAUUGGGUAAAGUAUCAAUUAGAUAUAUAUAUAUAUAUAUAUAUAUAUAGUGGAGGGUUUGCUUAAAUAUGUACACAUUUUAUUUUGAAGUAAUAAUAAAAUAAAAUUGUUCAAAUUAUAAAAACUAACACUGUUUUAUAGAUUUGGAGCGUAGCGAGGAAUGUAGUUUUACAAUGAUGUUUAUUUUUUUAAAACUGUGAAAUUACUAUCAGUAAUCUUGCUCAGGUGAAUCUUUUUCUGAUAGAAAAUUUUAUCUUGUUAGUAAUUUAAGGAAGACAUAUUUUUAGUUUUCCAAGAUGUUUUUGAAAAAUAAUGUUUUUAUUAUUUUCAAAUUUAUUUUUUUUUAUUGUAACUUAGAGACUUUAUAUUUGCCAUUUCUAGACGUAGUUAAAUUUUCAAAAUAUUUGAGCCACUUAUACAUAUUUUAAUUUUGUGAGAUGUUUUACGUAAUUUGUAUUUGAUAGGUAUUUUGUGAAUAAAAUUCAACAGAAAUGCUUGAAAAUUCAACAGUAGGUCCAUUAUAAGUCAUACUCUAGUAAAAAAAAAAAAAUUGAGUUCAAUGUUUUUUUUUUUUAAGAAUUUUAGUAUUCCAAACAUGUACAAUGAAAUCUGUAUAUAAUGAAAAGUUACAGGAUCAUAAAAGUGUGUUAUAGACUGAUGUCUGUAAUAGACAUGCACAGAUGAUGGCAUUGCAAAGAAAAAAAUUAUAAUGAACAGAGAAAAAUGUAAAACACUAUAAUAGUAAAGCGAUACAGAAUACGCACUGAUUAGUCUACAUUGUAUACGUGUUCCUGGUAAUUUCUGUCUUUACAGUUAACUUUAUUCUUAUUAUCUAUCAUAAUCGGUAUUCGAAAUAAACCAGCGAUGCUGUUGCAUGCUAUGUAUGUUAUAUGUUUGCAAUAUAUUUGAUUUUGAACUAAGAUAAUUAGUUGUCCGUUAUUAAGGUAUUGGAGUAAAUAUUACUGUCCUUGUCCAUAAUAGAAAUAAUCCUUUAAGAAAAAUGUGUAUUUUAUACAGGUGUCCAUUAAGACAGGUUUCAUUGUAUAAGUAUAACCAAACUUCGCUCCAAAUAAUUUUUUUUGUUAGCAAUAGUUUAUCGAUGCCUCAACUUUCAAAUUAUUGUUUUUAGUCUUAUAGAUAAGCCUUUUAUUGAAGAUUCCGACUUUGAACGAAUCAAACAAGAAUGGGAAUAGAUCGAAUUGCAUUCAUAUAACUUCUUUAAUUUUUUAAAAAUAUAUUUAAGUUAUAUAGAAAUUAAUCAAAUAGUAUUGUUUGUUUAUUUUAAAUAUCUACUCAUUAAUUUUACUCUUUUAUAUUAAUGUAUUUAGUUUAAGAGCUUAAUAUAAAAUGUUAAUAGAAAAAUAUUAAAGAUAAUAUGUUUUAUUUAUUUAUUAUUCAUGUUUUACACUGUGUAUUAAUAUAUAAAAC